GCAUCGGCAAAGAGCUCCCGGGGCCAGGAGACUGAAAACAGGAAGGACAUCAAGGAAAGUGGGUCGGCCGGAGAGGGGUGCCAUCCAGUGGCCGGACCGUACUAGAGCUAGGUGGGGAGUGGAGAGGCGUAGCUGGAGAGCUGGUGCUGGAGAGGGGUGGGCGUCAGUGUCAGUACUAGGACUGGGCGGAGAUCUGAGGGGCCUGAGGGGCGCUGGGCGACAGUACCAGACAGUAUAAGGGAUAGCCAGAGAUCUGAGGGGCCUGAGGUGGGGUAGGCGUCAGCGCAGAUCUGGUCUACUCUGACAGAGUCCAGAAAGGAUUACCAUUCAGCCACACUCAGGAAUCCCCUCGAAGGGCUUGUUAGCCCCAAACUGGACCUUAUUAGAGGAUCCAAGAGAUAAUCAGCCUAAUGUUGGAUUGUUCAUAGCCUGAGCAGGAGGCAGUCAUUUCUGGGUGUGCUAGAAAGAUGGUGUCAGCCCUAAGCAGGUUGGAUUGGAGGAGGGGUGGACAUCCCAAGAACUGUGCUAGGUUUGAGCGCCACGGGGACCUGGCUAAGCCCAAGGGCAAAGUGGGCACGAGAGGGAAGAAGCAGAUAUUUGAAGAGAACAAAGAGACCCUGAAGUUCUACUUGCGGAUCAUACUGGGGGCCAAUGCUAUUUACUGUCUUGUGACCCUGGUCUUCUUCUACUCAUCGGCUUCAUUUUGGGCCUGGAUGGCCCUGGCCUUUAGUCUGGCAGUUUAUGGGGCCAGCUACCACUCUAUGAGCUCAAUGGCAAGGGCAGCCUUCUCUGAGGAUGGGGCCCUGAUGGAUGGUGGAAUGGAUCUCAACAUGGAGCAGGGCAUGGCAGAGCACCUUAAGGAUGUGAUCCUACUGACAGCCAUCGUGCAGGUGCUCAGCUGCUUCUCCCUCUACAUCUGGUCCUUCUGGCUUCUGGCGCCAGGCAGAGCCCUUUACCUCCUGUGGGUGAAUGUACUGGGCCCUUGGUUCACAGCAGACGGUGGCGCCCCAGCGCCAGAGCACAACGAGAAACGGCAGCGCCGACAGGAGCGGCGGCAGAUGAAGCGUUUAUAGCCACUGACAUUGUGGCCACAGGCUUCUGGGCCCUGGGUGGCUCUAUCAGGCUGCAUGGCCCCCAUGCCGGGAGCAAUGAGGGCUUAGUCCAGGGGCUAAAAGCAAUCUAAAGUAUAGGAUU